GGAUCUUUUUCUCAAUCUUUAGUAAUCCAAAAUCUAGGACAAAGAGGUAUUAAAUACAUGAUCAUUCGUAGCUGUUUACGUAAUACCCUUUUGCUCGAUCAAAGACAGAUUAAGAAAACGUGAGCCAAGCACCGUGUACUGGUUGGAGCAGAUCAGAGCCAUAAAGAAGUGAGCGGUGAGUACUUUCUGAAGAAGAAAAAAAAAACACUUUCUCUGUUGUUUUUCUCUUGUCUUUCUUCUCCCAUACCUUAUUCUGUACCAUCUCUUAAAUAUGGAGUAUGUGUAAGUAAGCAAAAUCUCUCUGAACCAGCCCAAAUCACUGUCUCCCUCACGUCUUUCCAUUUUCUGCUCUCAUGGAUUCGGGUAACAGUAGUGGGAGUAUACAAUCCACCAGCGGUGAUGAUGAAGAGUACGAUUCACGCGCGGAAUCAUCAUUCUCUGCGUUCUUAAACAAUUCACCAUCACUAACCCAUGUUGGUCCCUUCAGUAAUAGUACCACUACUAACCUCCCAAACGCAAACCCACACCCACUACCACCACAACACCACCAUAAUAACAAUACCCACAUGUUUGACCCUUUAUCAAAUUACUUGGAUCCAAUACAAAGACAUACAUCAUUUCCCAACCCAAACUCACUGUUGAACCUUGACGUGAUGUGGUCCAAACCUGCUAGAUCAGAACCAAACCCCACCGAUCUUGGUAGCUUGAUACCUUGUUCAUCAUCCUCAACCUCACCACAGAACCAAGCUUUUGUUCAAACGAGAGGCAAUAAUACUGCUGCUUUUCUUGCGACACACAACAACUUGGCUUCAGAAAGUGGUUCCCGAGGAUUACUUUCGGUGUCAGCCGCCAACAAUGAUCAAGCCAACAACACCAACAUGGUUCGAAACCCAAAGAAACGGUCCAGGGCUUCUAGGCGGGCACCUACCACAGUUCUCACUACAGACACCACAAAUUUCCGAGCCAUGGUUCAGGAAUUCACUGGUAUCCCUGCACCACCUUUCCCAUCCUCGUCUUUCCCAAGAAGCAGAUUUGAUCUCUUUGGUUCUGCUUCUACUUCAACUAUGAGAUCCACCCAUUUGGACCCUCCUUAUCUUCUUCGCCCUUUUGCUCAUAAACUUCCUCAUCUUCACCCGUUUCCUCCUUCCUCUUCCAUGAUGGACACUUUAUUAGUAGCUUCCAAUAACUCAACUAAUUCUACUACUAAUUCCACUUCCAUUGAUCACUUAGGCCUUCUAAAGCAGCCUCAUCAGCCUCUCAACUUUAACAUGCACAACCCAGUUCUCAACUUCCAAACACCCCCAAAGUACCCUCUUGACAAAUCUUCUGUUCUUGUCUCCAAGACACAAACUUCCUUGGAAAUUCCGCCAAGUUCUGAUUCAUUUCUCAAAAUGGGGGUAUUUGAGGAAUUAGGAUUGAGGCAUGACCGUGUCAACGCCAACGUUAGUGGCCUUCAUCAAAACAUGGUAUCGUCACCUUCGGUUCGAGUUGGAUCAUUGUCAAGUGGCAACAAUAACUUGAGUAAUGCCUCAACAGCAUGGGCCCAAAGAACGGACACCAUUACCAACAAUGAUUGUGGUCACGGAGGAGGAGCUAUGAUGUCUCUCAGUGGCACUGACAACUACAGUAAUGUUACAGAGCGAGACACAAAUGGCAAAGUACACUAUUCAGCUUCUUCAUCGGAUUUUCAUGGAGAGAAGGGGCCAGAGUGUACUGUAGCUGCAAGAAGCGAAGGUAUGGUGGAAUCAUGGAUUAAUUGUUCUUCUGAUUAAGUGCCUCCACCGAAAGAUCAAAAUGAUCGACUAAUUAAGAAACGGAAUAAGAAGAAAGUAGAUUUUAUGUUUGUGAUUUCAUAAAGUUUAAAGCAACUGAUGGCAGUAUAAUUCUAAUGCAUGAAAGAGAGAAUCUUGAAAUUGUCAUCUUAACUAUGACCAUCAAUUUUAUUUUUAUUUUUUUAAUUUUCUUUUUCGUUGUACUUUGGGUCCCUCAAAUUAUGUGUAAAUAAUUUGAAGCUAGUUUGUCUUUCUCUCUCUCGUUUUCUUUCUAUUAUUUUGCCCCCCCUCAAAUUUUGAAGUGUGUUUUUAAUCGUAUAUACACUCAUAUACAAAAGGAUG